AUGGAGCAGCGCCGCUUGCUCUUCGCUCUGCUAAGCCUUCUAUGGCUCCUAGAAGCAGCGGGCAACGCAUGCAGCCCCAGCCUUUGUGCUGAUGACGCCGAUCAGGUUUGCCUGCAGCUGGUGGCGGGCAAUGCCUCAUCGUGCCUUUGCGCCGCCAGCUACAGCAACGCCAGUGAUGCAAGCAACUAUACGCCCAUCCUGGUGGGCGUGGGCGUAGUCGCCCUCUGUCUGCUUCUAGUUCUUUUGUUCAUCAUUCUCCACCGCCGACCCCGCGCCACCCCAUCAUCCCAACGACGAGCCCGCCAAGAUGCCCAGAAUGAUUUUGACAACGACUGGCAAGCCUGGCCCUCCACGCCCAAACUCAAGCGUGCCACUUCACAGCGCACCAGCUGUACUUGGUUGCUCCCCCAAGAGAGAUCGCCAAUGACCGAAGGUUUGGACAACACCGUAACCACUGAAUUGACUGUAGCUGAGGAGGAGGGGACUCCGUUUUUUGAUGGGAAUGAUCAGCCGCAUCUGGGCCGUGAGGGUCGUAGCGAGAAUCCCCUGGCCCGAAUCAUGCUCAAUUGGAGCAGCCAUGAGCAGAAGCCAACAAACAUACCUGGCCCCCUUGACACUAUCAGCCGCUCCAGCUUCAGUGUUUCAUUGUGUGGAGAUGAUGACGCGCAAGUGGGCAAUGAUGUGGAUGCCCAUGCCCUGUGGCUGGACAGCAUCAGCCAAACCAGCCUGCCCCUCGCCACCCUUGAGCCCCCCGUAGCCGACCAGACCGAUCUAGACUUUGACAUUGACAUUGAUGCAGUCGACUCGGAGGAUGAGCUCUUGAUGCUCGAGGCUCGCCGCGAGCUGGGAGAGCUGACGGUCCGACUUCAACAACAAGCCCAGCAAGUUCCCAUGCCGACAACCUUCAACCCCAUGGCUAGCGGCUUUCAUCCUUUUGCUAUAGCCUCUCCCUUGGCAGACAACCCAUCUCGAUCCCGACCCCGACCGCCACCUGGAGAAACCAUAACAGUCUUUGGCAACACCUUCACGUGGCUUUAG